UCUUCAGUCCUUUCUUGAGCUUUGACGUGUGUGGUUGUGUUUCAAGGCCCCGGCGCAUCCUGAAAAAACACACGAUUCGGAACUUGGUCGUGUUAAGUGACACUUAGUGAAUUUUUUGUGUACGUGACGUUACAUUUUGACGACAUAGUGACUUGUAAGUGCGAUUUUGCGCGGGAUUCCUCUUCAUUCUUUAGUCGAGGCUAAUGGAUCCCAACAAGACGAGUUGAGCUUCUAAGUGAAACAUGAAGCGCGCCGCCAUUGCGUUUUGGCGCGAACUGCCAAUCGCUGUCACGUUUAUGUUUGUGAUUUUGGCAUGCGUUUCAGCCAGAGACAUCGUUUUGGAUGACGCAUACACUGUAAUAGAAGCGCCUACGAACGAAAGGCUACGUCUUAUCUGUGGACUGAAGCCAAGAAAUCAGUUACCAUCCGUGAGAUGGUACUUUGAUGGAAAACCAAUUGAUUACCAAAGUAGGACGCGGCUGGUUCAACAGAGGCAAUGGUUACGAAUAAAAGGAUUCCGUGCGAAGGAUGCUGGUGUAUACGCGUGUCAGAACGAAGAAGAUAACACGAAGGAGAUGAGCGUCACUAUCAAGCACAGGCGUGAUCUUGGAGAUAUCGAAGAAUACCAGUCAGAUGACAGCCAACGACCAAUGCCAGAAAUAUUAUCGCAGCACUCCGCCCAAUUAGUUGACAACAACACAAUAGGUGAAACGCAUAGAGAAUACGACGUGAAAGAUGACGAUCUGGACGAGAGAUAUGAAAAAGAACAUCUCAACUAUGGCCACGUGGAUAACACUAAAUCGAAAUAUGCGCCAAAAUUCAAGCACCCAUUGAAAAUGUUUAAUAUGGAAAUGAAACCUGCUGGCAGUUCUAUUAGGUUCAAAUGUGCAGCUGAAGGUAAUCCUAUGCCGAACAUAACGUGGUACAAAAAUAAUGUUACGCCGAUAUCCAGGAGUUACUUCAAGCCAUCGUAUGGUAAAUGGUCUAUGUCUUUAGACGAAUUGACUAAGGCCGAUAAUGGCAACUACACCUGCAAGGUUUGCAACGAAUUAGGGUGUGUUCAGCAUAACUACUCCCUUCAUAUUCAAGAACGACUAUACGCAAAACCGGUGCUAACACAAGGCGCCGUCAAUCAGACGAAGCUCGUUGGCCAAACGGCGAAAUUCAGCUGCGAAUUUCUCUCAGACCUACAUCCGUCUGUUUAUUGGAUGUAUUUUAAUAAACACGAGUACAUUUAUAAUGAGUCUACGUCGGACCCGGCUAGCAAAGAGCCAAUCGUGUAUAAUGAUGUUUCUAAAGUCGUUCUGACGGAAAACCCUUCAGACAUGCCAGAACAGUUAACGAUUUAUAAUGUUACUAAAGAAGACGAGGGCUGGUACGUCUGCGUUGCAUUGAAUUCAUUGGGGAACACCACAGCCAAAGGAUAUUUGACUGUUCUUGAUUCAUUUCCAGUACCCGAGGCGUUAGACCACGGGAAGCACACGCUCCUAAUAAACAUUCUAACAGCGGUGCUUGGAGCCAUGUUCUUCGUAGCCGCGAUUAUAGUGGUGAUGAUAUUCAAGAAGUUGAAGCAGGAGAAACUCAAGAAGCAAUUGGCGAUUGAAACGGCCAGAGCGGUGAUCGUCACACACUGGACGAAGAAGGUGACGGUGGAGAAACCGCAGAUGAACGGUUCGCCUAACGCCACUGGGGAGGGACUGCUCAUGCCCGUAGUGAAAAUCGAAAAGCAGAAACUAUCCCAAGUGCAGAACAACACGGAAUCAAUGCUGAUGUCGGAAUACGAGUUGCCCGUGGACAUAGACUGGGAGGUGCCGCGCGACGCGCUGGCGCUGGGCAAGGUGCUCGGCGAAGGCGAGUUCGGGAAGGUCGUGAAGGCGGACUGCGUGGGGAUCGUCAAGCCCGCCGUGCAGUCUGUCGUCGCUGUUAAGAUGUUGAAAGAGGGACACACAGACGCUGAAAUGAUGGCUUUGGUAUCCGAAAUGGAGAUGAUGAAGAUGAUAGGCAAGCACGUGAACAUCAUCAACUUACUCGGUUGCUGUACCCAGGACGGACCCCUCUACGUUAUUGUGGAAUACGCUCCGAAUGGAAAUUUGAGAGAAUUUCUGAGGAACCACCGACCGGGCAAUAGAUAUGAAUCUCCGACUGAAGAUCUCAAAGAAAAGAAAACCCUAACGCAGAAGGAUUUAGUUUCAUUCUCAUAUCAAGUGGCAAGAGGCAUGGAGUAUCUAGCUUCCAGACGGUGCAUCCACCGCGACCUGGCGGCGCGCAACGUGCUGGUGUCGGACGACUGCGUGCUGAAGAUCGCCGACUUCGGGCUGGCGAAGGACGUGCACAGCAACGACUACUACCGCAAGAAGACCGAGGGCCGCCUGCCCGUGCGGUGGAUGGCGCCCGAGUCGCUCUACCACAAGGUGUUCACCACGCAGACGGACGUCUGGUCCUUCGGCGUACUGCUGUGGGAGAUAAUGACACUGGGCGGCACCCCGUACCCCACGGUGGCGGGGCAGUACAUGUACCAGCACCUCAGCGCCGGGCACCGCAUGGAGAAGCCGCCCUGCUGCAGCUUGGAGAUCUACAUGCUAAUGCGAGAAUGCUGGUCAUUCUCUCCCGGCGACCGACCAUCAUUUACAGAGCUGGUCGAAGACCUGGAUAAGAUCCUGACAGUCACAGCCAACCAGGAAUACCUGGAUUUAGGUCUCCCGCAGUUGGAUACCCCACCCUCAAGCUACGACGGCUCUGGAGAUGAAAGUGACAGUGAAUUCCCAUUCAUAAAAUAGGAGAAUUCUUAAUACAAGGAACUUUAUUGAAACAUUUUUAUGACUUUCCGAGAAAUGGUAAUUUUAGAGAAGGUUUCUUAUAAAAACGAAGAAGUUAUUUUGCCAAGAACUAAACAGUAUUACAAAAUUUUGCGUAUAUUAAGGGAAACUUUCUGCGCUUAUUUUGAAUUUCCUGACUGUUCUUUAAGAUGGUUUUGGCUGGUAAGAAUAUGUUAAACUCAUAACAUUAGGAGUUAGCUAUUCUUAUAAUGAAUCCAACGAGCUAACAAUUUAAUGCACUUGUGAAAUUACUUUGUAAUUUUAGCUCAGAGUAUUUCAUACUUGUUUUAAUGGAUUAUAAAGUCAGGUAUUAAAAAUGUUAUAAUAUGGUAGGCAACUGAAAUAAAUAUAAAAUUGUAUGGAAUCGAAAUUACAUGGGAAUUAUCAAUAUAUGUGGUUGUCAAAUAGGACAAUCUAUGGUUUAUUGAUCAUUCAAAGACUCGAAUACGAUAUUUGAAAUGUAAAAACCUCUAUAUAGCUGGUGUAAUGACAACGUUUAAUAAUUAAAUUUUUGUCAAAGUUUUUUUUUUUCAUAAAAAAAAAUAGAAGUUGAUUUCAAGCAUUUUUAAAGUAGGUUUGACUGAAUGUUUAUAUCAUGACAGAUACUGUGCCUUCUUUAAAUGAUAAUGAAUAUCGCUCCUGACAAGACGAUGUACGUUAUUGGAACCAGAAAAUGUGAAACAUUUUUAAAAUAUUAUAUUUGAAAAUGCCCACCUAAAUCACUGAUGGUGAUUUUUACGAAAAAUCUUAGAAUUAAGUUAUUUUACAUUUACGCAAGGCGUCGCAUAUUUAUUGACUGAAUGAUGAAUGUUAUUCAUUUUUUGUAAUUUUUUAUUUAUUUAUCAUAAAUGCAUAGAUAUUGUUGUAAAUAUUCUUUUAAUGUGUGCAUGCGUUAUUAAAUUGUACAUAUUAAACCAAAGCUUGAACGAAUCGUUGUAUUAUAAAAGUAUUAUUUUGAAAAUUAGUAUAGUCAAGUAUUUUUAUGAGAUUAUAUUACAUUGUGCCUUAGGAAUUGCAAAUAUCUUAUAAACUAGUAUUCUUUAAGAUACUUUUGAUUUAUGUU